AUGGUGCACGGCGAAGCAGGGCUCGACAUUGAGGACAACCGACAGCUGCUUCGCGAACUCAAGGAGAACGAAGGUGAAGAUGCAGACAGGGCCAGCCUUAAGCGAAAAGGUGCAUUGUUGCUCGUGGGCGCCCUCCUGGUGGCAGCAACGGUGCUGCUGCUGCGCGGCGCAGUGCCACAUGCUGAAGGCCAGGUCCAAGAAGUGAAUUCCUUCAAGAUACAAAACAUGUGGAGCUUGCGUGACUUCCUUCCGAAGAUGCCGAAGUCGUUGUCUAUCAUCUCGGUUUCGCAAACGGGGGCUUCUGCAAGCCACGACAGCCACGACAGCAGCCGGGACAGACAUGACACACACACGAGCCAGGACAGCCACGACACAAGCACCGACAGCCACGACACAAGCCAACGGACUACGGAUGGAGGUCAGUCAUUCCUUCCAGGCGCGUCCGGCGACGACAAGGGCGUGUUCCAAAACAGCCCGAUGGGCGAGGGGCUCGCUAAGGCACUUUAUCGCAAAUGCGUGGCCGACAAUGACCCCUCCGGCAAGAUUGAGACUCAUGUGGUCACACACGUUUGCCGCUGUGCUGCGCUGGAUGCGAAAUCGGCCAAGGAGUUUUCUGGCAACAUUCGAAAGCAGGAAGAGUGCACAAAAUUCGAGCACGAUGUCCAAGGUGGCUCCGACUGUAUUCUCCAGGUGUGUCCCAGCUUGCUGGCGGCAAUGAGCCAUGGCAGCCAUGAAAAGGAACUUGGAAGCCGUGAUGAAAGCCAAGAUUUGGGAGGUCAGGACAAGUUCACUCACCGAGACUUUCGUGAGUUUUCUGGCAACAACAUGGCUGUUUUCCAAGGAAGCCCCCUUGGUGCCGGACUUGCAAGUGCAGCGUAUAAACGGUGCGUGCAUGCCAACAAUCCCCAUGGAAAGAAGGAGACCGAGGUGAUUCACGUGAUGUGCCUUUGUGCAAUGCUGGAUGCAAAAUCAUUGGAGCAGACUCACGAAAACCUGCGGAAGCAAGUCAAAUGCCACAGCGCCUCUUGCACCCUGAACAUAUGUCCGAGCUUGUUCACGGCAAUGGACAAGAUUAAGAUGGGUGGGAAUUGA